AUUAACAAAUUCAUAGUUCCUAUGUUAUUGUUUGCUUGAUUUGACAUUCAGUGAUUAGGUCUUCAAUUAAAUAUACGUAAAAGUGUAUUUUUACAAAAUAUUUUAGGAACGUAAGAUAUUACGUAAGUCAGCAAAGUAGCUAAGCAGUAAACAGAGUGUACAUUUGUAAAUAAUAUUUUAAGUUUUUUAAGUCUAUUUUAAGUUUAUCAAAGUACUUCUAUUUAUCGUACCUUGUUUUUGGACCCGGGGCAUCUAAAUGGUUUGCUCCAUCUGCAUUUCACUGUACUUGUACACUAACAAUAAUCAUAUUUAUCCAGGAAGACAUUAAAAAUGAAUUAUUUGUAUUAUUUUCAAAAUAUUACUUAAUUUAUAUAACGUUAAAAAUAACGCAGCAUUUAUUAUUAUUUAUUGAUAUCCAACGAGUGAAGGUUAGAGGUUAGUUAUCUAUGGCUGUGUUCAUUUUAUUAGAUACUUCCAUUUAAUAUUUUGAUAUGUCUAGGUUUGUAAUCUGUUGGGGGGAAAAAACAUAAUCAUAAUUUUGCUUCAUUAGUAUCAAAAUAGUUAGAGGCACAAUUGGCAAAAACAGUCAGUUCAAGGGAAAAACGUGUAAAAACGUAUAACAAGGAGUAGGUCAAGCAAAUUAUUGUUGGGAAAACUGACAAAAAUCCCAGAAGAAGAAGAGGAAUCAUUGAUUUUCUUUUUGGGUAAAGUUUUAUUAUAUUCUAAAAUGCCAUUCAAAUAAGCUGGUAAGUAAACAUUAACAUGUCAUGUCUGAUGUUAAUUGUAUUUUGUUUGGAUGGUGUCUUUAGUCGUGUCUUUAAUCUAAAUGAGGUCACUCCAGUUCCACCUUAAAAUCUGCUAACACUACAGAUGAUGGUCUCUCCCCUCCCUCCCUCUCUCUCUCUCUUUCUUUCUCUUUCUCUCUCUCUCUCUCCCCCUCCAGUGGUGUAGUCUUGAAACUUUCGCUAAAGCCGCGUUGAGUGUUUAUUCCGUUGUCGAGUUGUUGAAGAAUGGGACAAAUGAGCAUGCUCCAUGUCCCGCGGUGCAGCCUCUCAGCCCCGGUCUAAUGUUUUGUAACUCGCCGACACUUAGGACUCGACUUCAGCUUCGGCACAAACUUUUAAACUGACUGUGAGCUAUGACGUCAGAUGAGAAAGCCGCAGACACAAUGCUGGGCAGUCUGUGCAUCCAAGAGAAUGGAGAAGUAUACAGGAACCCCACCGAAGUCCAGAUGAGUCAGAUCGUAAUGCCGUGCCAUGCCAACCACUGCGGGGAGCUGAGUGUUGGGCAGCUGCUGAAAUGGAUGGACUCUACAGCGUGUUUGUCUGCUGAGAGACACGCCGGCUGCUCCUGUAUCACUGCAUCGGUGGACGACAUCCAUUUUGAACACACCAUAGAGGUAGGAAAGGUUGUCAACAUUAUCGCAAAGGUCAACAGAGCGUUCACGUCCAGUAUGGAGGUGGGCAUAUUGGUGACUUGUGAAGACCUUUACACUGACAGGCAGUGGAAGGUCUGCCACGCCUUUGCGACCUUUGUUGCUAGAAGAACUGAGGCUGGAAAGGUACAGCUAAAACAGGUGAUUCCUCACACUCAGAUGGAGCAGAUGGAGUACAGCCUGGCAGCAGAGCGGAGGAGGAUGAGGCUCAUCCAUGCUGAGAUUAUCACAGACCUACUGAGCAGCAGCACAGCUCAGCUUGGAGAAUGUCAGGAGUAUCAGGACGCUGUGCCAGCGGAGCGGACACGAGUAGAGAGCGUAGAGCUGGUGCUACCACCCCAUGCCAACCACCAAGUCAGCACUUUUGGAGGCCAGAUUAUGGCCUGGAUGGAGAAUGUGGCUACAAUUGCAGCAAGUCGCUUGUGUAACGCUCAUCCAACCUUGAGGAGCAUUGACAUGUUCCAUUUUCGCGGCCCGUCUCACAUUGGUGAUCGACUGGUGCUGAAAGCCAUUGUGAACAAUGCCUUUAAGCACAGCAUGGAGGUGGGAGUGUGCGCUGAGGCCUAUCAGGGUGGAGAACCUCUGCGCCAUAUAAAUAGUGCCUUUAUGACCUUCGAGGUGCUGGAUAGUGACAGGAAACCAUGCACUUUGCCACGGAUACGACCUGAGCCUGUGGAUGGAAAAAGACGUUAUCAAGAAGCCAUUGCCCGAAGGAAGAUUCGUCUUGAUAGGAAAUAUAUCAUCUCCUGCAAGAAAACUGAAGUAAGCUUGUCUGUGCCUUGGGAUCCAAGCAACCAGAUGUACUUGAGCUACAACAGUGUAUCGGCACUGAAACUAAUGGAUACCAGGAACAACUGGGUAUUAACUACUGAGAAAAAUAAGGUCAGACUGUACACUCUGGAGGAAAACCACAUGCUGUGUUUUAAGGUGGAGAUGUACGUCAGCGUCCCAGCAGAGCAGACGUUCAUCCUCCUGUCAGACCUGACGAGGAGAAAAGAGUGGGACCCGCAUUAUGAGGAGUGUGAGGUGAUCAAACAGGCGGAUGAAGAUGACACCCUUUACCGCGUAGCUACACCCUGUGUCAGUAGAGGGGGCAAAGGGAAGGACUUCAUCUUGCUGGCAUCUAGACGGAAGCCGUGUGAUUCCAGUGACCCAUAUCUGAUCGCUCUGCGCUCUGUCACUUUGCCCACUCACCCACCCACUGAGGACUACACCAGGGGAGAGGUGGUCUGCGCUGGCUUCACAAUCUGGGAAGAGUCCAGUUUUGUCACCAAGAUCACCUACUACAACCAAGCCACUCCGGGUGUCCUCCCCUACAUCUCCACAGACAUUGCUGGCCUCUCAUCCAGCUUUUACAGCGCCUUUUCUGCCUGCAGCCAGUUCCUGGAAAACAACAAGGAUAGCCUAGCUGCUUUGCCGCCGUCUACACUGUGACUCAGCGUCCCAGGCAGUUAAAAAGUAGUACCAGGCGGAAGGGGUACAAUCAUUUCACCGUCUGCAUCCUGUCUGACUUCUGUUGUGGAGGUGACGUUCAUAUUCGAAUUUGAAUUCACCUGCCAGCCUUAGAUUACGAAGGCCAGUGGAUUUGUAGUUCCUGAGUUUUGAAUCUGCUGCUUGUUUGCAGCAAGAUUAAUAGGUAUGAAGCAAGAGUGCACAAUGCCUCUGAGAAGCUGUUGGACUUUAAGCUUCUUAAGGUUUAUUAGAGCUAAUAUAUUAUGAAAGACUUUCUGUGCAAUACUAAUUUAUAGAAACAUUGAUCAUAUUUUGGUAUGUGGUUGAGAAUAUUUAACACAAUCUCAGCUUUAUCUCGAGACGGCUGUGCUUUUAAUUGCAUCGCCACUCCUCACAAAAUGAACAUAAAACUAGUCUAAGCUGAGGUUUCCUGAGAUUAUUUUGUAUCACACUGAAUAUAAAGUAUCUGAUUAAAUCUUAAAUUAACAGAA